GCACGUGCCAGUUUCGCGGCAAAAAAGAUUUGGCGCGUAAACCUAUGAGCAGGUUCCGAUCAGCUGGAACAAAAAAACACAACAAUAACAGAAGCGAUUCCGGCCGCGUCGCGCGCGGGGACUCUCUGGCCGCACCUUUCUUCUGUUUCAAUGGGUUUUUGCGUCAAAUGAGCAAGAAUCUGGAUGUUAUUCGGAGUUAAUGACCAUACUUCCUGGAUGGAGUCAUUAAGAAGGACAAAAGCGGAGGAUAUUUUGGAUUAAAGUGGCAGAUGCGAACAGAAACCGGACUUGGGCUUUGUUCCGCAUCCGGAUCGGGUUAUAUCUUUAUAUUUACUUUCUACCCAGCCUGUUUACCAAUAUAACAACACGCUUCAAACACGUUUACCACUGCUCAAGUAAAAACUAACUCCAUUCGUAACAAAAUAUCUCAACAUCGACAAUAAUUUUAGGAUCGUAUGGAAUAAUUUCUUGUUUUAUGUACUUUAAAGGUUGAAAUUGCAUUACUAUUUGUAUAUGAUGAUGUAUAUUUAUGAUGAACUGUAUGUGUUAUGCUUUUCAGCCAUUUUCAAAAGCACUUCCUUAAAGCAACCACAAUUCUAAACUCAUAAUGAAUGUGAAACUUAUCUUAAACAUGUUUAGAAGUAAAAUGCAUUGUCUUAUAAAUAACUUUUAUUGAUCUAAAGUUGAUUUUUGUUGUGCAAACUGAAGUUGACCUACAUUCAGCCCUUGUUGUGGUUUGGGAGUCUCACCCAUAUGUUCAGUCAAGGCCUGUUUUUAACGUGGCUUAUCCAGCUGUACUCUCUCUCAUGCAUGCAUUUUGAAAAACAACCGGUUUGCAUGCAUUGAAAGCCAUAAGGAUUGAAAAUACACCCAGAGACUGAGUGACCCCUGCUGAUUUAGCCCGAUAUGUCUGAGAGUUUUAUAUCGGGUCAGACCUCGGAGGACCUGCUGGCGGAUUUUGAGUCCCUCUUGAACAAUGGCAGCAUCGAUCUCAGUGAAGAUCAUCAAAUCGUCAUCAUCUCCACUCCCGGCACAGCCUCGGCCAGCACUGCAACCGGCGACAUCUUGCUGUUUGCCACCCCUCAUCACACCACCACUGCCACCACAAUCCUGCCGGACCACCGGAGACCCACUUUGGGACGCCCACCGGUGAAGAGAAAGUUGGAUUUGGACAGUGAUCAUCAGUACAUCUGCACGUCCCGACCUGCUUCACAUGGACCAGCACCUCCAGCCACACCCGCGCCUCCCAGAGUGCCUAAAGUGUCAACGGAGAAGUCCCGCUACGACACGUCUCUGAAUCUGACCACCAAACGCUUCCUGGAUCUCCUGGCUCAGUCUCCGGACGGCGUGGUCGACCUCAACUGGGCCUCUCAGGUGCUGGACGUCCAGAAACGGCGCAUCUAUGACAUCACCAACGUCCUGGAGGGCAUCCACCUGAUCUCCAAGAAGUCCAAGAACAACAUUCAGUGGCUGGGGAACCGUAUCGAUGGGGCGUCCAUGGCCAGGUUUCAGACGCUGCAGAGGGAGGUUUCCGAACUGACGGACGCCGAGGAGAAACUCGACGAGCUCAUUAACAAAUGCAGCUUACAGCUACGGCUCCUCACAGAGGACACACACAACAAGAAGCUGGGAUACGUUAGAUGUCAGGACCUGCGUAACACGGUGAAGCCGCCGGAUCAGAUCAUCAUGGUGAUUCGAGCUCCGCCGGAGACGCAGAUGCAAGUCUCUGAACCCAGCGAGGGUUACCAGAUUUCACUCAAGAGCUCCAAUGGCCCGAUCGACGUGUUUUUGUGUCCCGAGGACAGUUCUGGGGUCUGUAGUCCAGUCACUGAUUGUAGUCCAGCGAAAUCGUCCAAUCAGAGCCCCCAGCAGUCUGACCGCAUCUCGCAGGAAGUGACAUCAUCAACUCUCCCCAGUUCCUCCCCUUUGCCUCUAGGUGCAGACUCAGAGUCAUUUCUGGACUCUGACCCGUUUUCAGGCAUUUGCGAGAUGCCAGAUUUCAAUUUGUCUCCUCUGGAUUCCUCUGACUUCGUUCUGGAGCGGGGCGGUGAGACGGACGCCAUCGGCCUCCCGCUGGACGGUUUUAUCUCCCUGUCUCCACCACACAGCCAGGACUAUCACUUCGGCCUGGAGGAUCACGAAGGCGUCAGCGAGCUGUUCGACUGCGACUUCAGCGACCUCGGCCAUCUGGAGUUCUGACAGACGGAUUCGAGCAUUCGUUUCCCAGUGUGAACAGGAAACUGAUUCCACUUCGCUUUUGAAUUCGCUCUGAACAGCGCAAUUUAAUUUAUUAAUAUUAUUAAGUCACCUUUAAAGGAAUAGUUUACACAAAAAUUACAAUUUACUGAAAAUGUUCUCACCCUCAGGUCAUCCAAGAUGUAGAUGAGUUUGUUUCUUCAUCAGAUUUGGAGAAAUGUAGCAUUGCAUCACUUGCUCACCAAUGGAUGUGAAUGGGUGCCAUCAGAAUAAGAGUCCAAACAGCUGAUAAAAACAUCACAAUAAUCCACAAUCAGUUCACAUCUGGAGAAGACGAAAGUGCAUGUAAAACAAAUCUAUCAUUAAGACAUUAACUGUUUUUGACUGUUUUGGUUUGUAAAUGGUGCUUGAUAUCUACUCUUGAUUUCUCACUUUUUCACUGGAAAAAUCAAUAUUAAAGUGAAAACAUCUUAAUGAUGCAUUUUUUUCUACAAAUUUAGCUUUCCUCUUCUCAAGACAUGAACUGAUGGACUGGAGUUUAGUGUGGAUUAUUGUGAUGUUUUUAGCAGCUGUUUGGACUCUCAUUCUGACGGCACCCAUUCACAUCCAUUGGCGAGCAAAUGAUGUAAUGCUACAUUUCACCAAAUCUGAUAAAGAAACAAACUCAUCUACAUCUCGGAUAGCCUGAGGAUGAGCUAAUUUUCCGCAAAUAUUAUUUUUUGGUGAACUUUCUUAAAUCUCUCUAUUUUUUUUUUGUUGCAUUUAUUGUAAAUCAAAUAUCGUCGUGACGGUUUUAGGAUGUUGAAAUCGUACUGGAUAGCGGUUUGAAUAUAAACUGACAGGUUUUAUGGACUAUGUUUCUCAGGAGAGUCGUAGAGUAUUUCAGGUGAGUGAUAACGUAUUAGUUACCGUACGUAUUUAGGGUCUGGUUAUGUUGCAUAGGUUGGUUAUGCAUGCUGCACGAUAAUCAAUCCAUCAUAAAGAGGAUUUACAGAAAGUGAACUUCAAAUAAGUCAUAAUAUCAUUUAAUUUCUAAUCACAAUUAUACUCACACGUUCCGUGCAAAUGUUCAUCAUGUCACCGAUUCUCUGGCAUUGGCUUUUAAAGCAUAGUGUACAUAGGUUUGCGUUUUUAUCGCUGUUACACGAGACGUUCUGUAUUUAUUAUAAUUAAUAUCUGAUCCUAGUACAGUUAAUGCCCAAUUCCUAGAUUUAGUCCCCUAAAAAUUCACUUGACUUUUUUUUUUUUCUGUGCAUGUGUGUAAAUAUUCAUAUAAUUUCCAGCCUCAUCUUAAAUAUUACUCUUGAUAUUUAAAAAAAGCACUAUAUGUAUUUUUGUUUCGUUUAUUCCUUCAGCCCUUUCUGUGAUUUCUAGCCCUUUUAAUGAGUCCAGGGAUAGAAAUAAUGUAUUGUAUUUCUAUAUAUCCCUACUGGAGUUUGAAUUGGGAUUGAUUUAUAGCUUUCGAGUGUUUUAUAGUCAUAAUUCCCCUGCGUUUAGCUACAGGACGAGGUAUAUAUAGUCACAUGAAAGGAUUAUAAUGAUAUAAUGUCAGUGUCGUGGGAUAUUUAAAUGCAUUUGAUAAAAUACGUUUGAUUUUAAAGGGCUCUGAAGUUUAAUGACACUGUUUAAUAAGCUCUUCAUCUUUUAAAAUGUGUAAUUUAAUGCAAAUUGGCCUUCUUUGUGUAGAUUUGCCCUGGUUUUGCCUUCUUCUGUUCUCUAAAGGCAGCUUUUGUUGUUAAGUUGAGUGUGUUUUUUGGACAGAGACCAGAUCGUAAAUGUGCGUGUGUGUGUGUGUGUGUGUAGUUUUUGUUUUAUUGUGUUUGAGGUGGAGUUGUCUGGGACAAUUCUCAUGACUGGAUCAAGCGCUUUGACAAGUGUGAUUUGUUUAUCUGGUUGUAUAAUAGAAAUAUUUUUUCUAAUAGGGCUUUUUUUUGCAUAUUUAGUUUUCCUGUUUGACUUUACUUUAUAAGCCACUUUAAAAAGUGGAAGCACGGUAAACGCGUGUAAUAUUAAAAUUAAGUGCAAAUAAAAUCAGAUUUGGAUCUAAA